AUAAUGUCAUUCUUUGUUCAGUCGCUGCCGUCGAACAAAGUGUUUUAUUACCUAAGAAAGUUUAACCAGUUUGAUCUAAAAAAUGACAGGUCGUGGUAAAGGAGGUAAAGGUUUGGGAAAAGGUGGUGCCAAGCGCCAUCGUAAGGUUUUGCGUGAUAACAUUCAGGGUAUUACCAAGCCUGCCAUCCGCCGUCUUGCUCGCCGUGGAGGUGUCAAACGUAUCUCUGGUCUGAUUUACGAAGAAACCCGUGGUGUGCUGAAAGUAUUCCUCGAAAACGUCAUCCGAGAUGCUGUAACAUACACUGAACAUGCCAAGAGGAAGACAGUCACAGCCAUGGAUGUCGUCUAUGCUCUGAAACGUCAGGGCCGCACCCUCUACGGCUUCGGUGGUUAAGCAGUUGGCAAGUAAGAACACGACAA